GACGACCAGCGGUGUGUUUAUGUCUUUGUUUUACGAAAUCGGUGAGUGUAUUAUGACUAUAGAAAGAUAAAGGUGCUAUCGUAAAUAUAUAUAUACCUUUUUGUUGUAUGUAUAUUUUAGUGUACUUAUAUAAUGAAAUUAUUUGCGUGUGUCUUAACUAAGAAUAUCAAAAUGGCGUCUCCCCAUGUCUCGUGCCAUCUGAUGACGCACUCUGCAGUGCCAACUAGUAGUUAUGCCGCGUUCAAAACAAUCGGGAACUCGUAUACUUACGAGGGUAAAUCAUGACGUCGGGAAUCUUCAGAUCGGAGCUCUAGAAAGAGUUGGAAUUCAAACGUUUUUUCCCAGUCGGAGCUCGCUCCCCACCCCCCCGGCGAUUUCCGAGUUCCAAGCGCCCAGUUGUUUUGAACGCGGCAUGAAUGGUGCUUUCAAGAUAACUGGGAACUCGGAAACGAGGUCGAAUCAUGACAUCAAUGCUCUUCAGGUCGGAAAGUCGAAACUCUACAAAGAUGCCAGAGAUUUCCGAGUUGGAUGACCCUUCUAAAAUAUUUUUACCAAUCUGAACUCGUUUCUUCUGAGUGGCCAGUUGUCUUGAACGCCAUGAAGUCGGAGAUUUCCGAGUUCCCCGUUGUUUUGAACUCUGCUUACGCUAGCUUCAUCAGUCAGGCUUUCUGGUUGCUAAUCUACCCAACCUCGUUUGUGAGUGGUAUGGUUUGUAUGUCGAAGUGAAAGAAUGUGCAUCGUUAAUUGUAUUAGCUAGCUAACGGUAAAGCAAAAUAAAUUGCCUAACAAGUUAUCUAACCCAAUGACGUGGUGAAUAACUGCUCUAGUCGUGAAGAUGGCUAGUUUCGUCGGUUAGAGUAAGAUUUGAAUUUGAUUUUGUCUAAAGCUACCAGUGUCUUCCAACUCGUGACUUGAACACAUUGAGAUGUUAAUGCCUGGUCGAAAUUGGAGGACAAUGAGCUAAAUGUAAGACUGCCUUUUCGUCUUUUCUCGUAAUUGAGUUUGACAAUGUCAACGGUGAAAUUUCAUAAGAGCCACACUAUGGACACAUUGGGUAGCUAACAACAUACUUAACAACUAACGUUAUACAGAUUGUUACUAAAAGGUCAAGUCAUAGAAUUAUAUAGGCUACCUGGGUAUUCAAUAAAAGCCAUUGCCAUCUAGGAAGUUAUCAGAAUCUGUGGUACUAGAGCUGAUGACUGUGCCUUUCUCCCUCUUUCAGAGCUGUUGUGCAGCUGUUACAACCUGUGUGGGGGAAACCUAGUCUACGAGCAAGGAGCUUGUGGCCACUGUGGCAAAAUCUUUUUCAUGUCAGAGACCGAGCACGCUUGCAGUCGUUUAUGUCAUCCCCUAUUUUCCAAACAGAAGAUCCCGAAAAAUCCCCUUUCAAGAUAUUUUCAUCUUACUGAUAGUGCCAGUAGCCAGCCAAAAUGUCUGUUAAUGUCAACCGCAGCGUGGCAGACCAGUUCUAUCGCUACAAGAUGCCCCGUCUGAUUGCUAAGGUGAUUAUCUGGUGUAGUAUGAUCCUGUAAGAGAAAUUACUUUGUCAUUCAACAUUCUUGAUAUUUGCAUCUUUGGACAGUAUGUUUGUUCCAGUUCUUUUCCAAUGAAAUGUGCAGGCCUCAAUGGUGAUAAUCUGCAACACGAUUCUACUAAUUUAUUAGUUUUUGUGGUCUGAUUUGUGUCCAGGUUGAGGGCAAAGGAAAUGGAAUCAAGACUGUCAUUGUCAACAUGACUGAUGUUGCAAAGGCACUGAGUAGGCCUCCAACAUGUAAGUUACCCUCCCCACCACCAAAGUGUUGUUGAUUUCUGAAGUGCUAACGUUGACUCGUACCAUACAUUGAUAAUAUUUAACCUUAACGUGACUAAAUGUUAGGUAGCUGUUGUGUGCAUAACCAUCCAUUAGCUUAGUGGAUAUUGAUUUUGACUUGUCCUCCUUGCAGAUCCAACCAAGUUUUUUGGUUGUGAGCUUGGUGCGCAGACACAGUUUGAUGCAAAGAAUGACCGCUUCAUCGUCAACGGAUCCCAUGAGGCGAACAAGUUGCAGGACAUGCUAGAUGUAUUUAUCCGGAAAUUUGUGCUGUGUCCUGAGUGUGAUAACCCUGAAACCGAUCUGGUAACUAUUUGAUUAACAUAUUUGUGGUGGAUGUUUGGGUAGUAGAGGGGGACAGAAAUGAAAUGUGUCGAGUGCAUUGAUCUGUAGGACUUUGCAGUUGUAAUUUGGGCGUUUAUACCAAAUCCACAGAUGUUGGUCAGUUAUUUUCCCGGUAGUGUUUCUUUUUGUCAUGUCAUUAUUUCACUCUGUGUACUGUUGUAUCAAGGUCCCUCCUGAGGCUUGUAGAUAUGACAAAGCCCUGGUCAGGUUUUUGUAUAUAGAUUUAUUUGAUGUCCUGCCAACCUUGACUUGUGCUAGAUCUGCCAUUUUGGGUUCUGCUUGUGCAUGACCAAGCCAUUUGUAUCUCAUUUUGUAUGCUACAUACACUGCAGUGACAGAUCAAUUGUCUUUUUCUCCUGCAAUGCAGUUAUGGUCUGUUGGGUAAAUUAUUACUUGUCUAUUAUAGGUGGUAUAUUCACGGUCAUUAUAGUGAAUAUGCUAAUUUGUUUGACCUUUCACUGCAGCAUAUAAAUCCUAAGAAACAAACAAUCGGUAACUCCUGUAAGGCAUGUGGGUACCGUGGCAUGCUAGACACACGACACAAGCUCUGCACAUUCAUCCUCAAAAACCCACCAGGUAAGCACACAAUAAGAAUUUGCCCAUGAUCGAUUUGUUUCCUUAAUAAUCUAAAAGUCAAGUCAGAUAUGUGGCCUAUUGAGUGUCAAAGCGCCGGUGGCUUUUUCAUCAGAAAAUGAACCUGGGUCUGUGGAGAAGAAGAAAGAUAAGAAGAACCGUAAGAAGGACAAGGAGAAUGGCUCUGGCAGCGGAGAGGCUGGGAACCAUAACGACAUAGAUGCCCCUGAUGCCGUGGUGAGUAUCCUCAUUAAUGUAUGCAAACCAUGCCAGUUGUUAAUGUUAGUGGUUGAAUAGGGGGAACAAACCUCCAUCACCCGCCUCCAAGCUAUUAAUGGUCUGAGGGACUAGUUUGUCGGUAACUCCAGCCUGUCCGUCUAGCAGCAUUGACCCAGUGAGAAUAUGUUGUGAUCAGGACGGUGAUGAUGAUGACGAGGAUUGGGCAGAGGAGACCACAGAGGAGGCACAGAGACGGAGGAUGGAGGAGAUCAGCUCCCAUGCGAAGAACCUGACACUCAGUGAGGAUCUGGAGAAGACCCUGGAGGAGAGGGUGAACAUAUUCUAUAACUUUGUCAAAGUAAGUUGUGCCUGAAACUAAUUACAAGGAUAAUGAAAGUUGGUGAUCGAUUGUGAAAUUCUCUUUGACAUGGGGUAGGCAACCCUGGUCCUGGAGUGCCAUAGAUACUUCAUGUUUUUGAUUUAACCAGACCAGGUGUGUUGCAUUUAGUCAAUCAUUGAACUAAUCAAUUAGUGUAAUUGGUCUGGUAUGGGGCCUAGUUGGGACAAGAUCCUGCGGUAAGGGUGUGAACAUUAAAACGUUUAAACGAAGUUGGGAUCCUUAACGUUAAGAAAAAUACCUAACCGAAAAACAAUGUUUUUGUCCCCCCCCCCCCAAUUAAAAUCACAGUGCAGUUAUUCUUUUCUGUGUCAAAUAAAACCAGAGGAAGAGGAACUUUAGGCUGUUUUGGUGAAUUUGCAAGAUGAGACAUUGUGAGAUGCAGAUUACCAAAACAUAUGAGCAUGCUAUUUUUGCUCUGUCUUUUCACUAAUGAUGCAAAUGUGUGUUCAGUCUUCUGUCUGUUGCGUGUAGAAUAUUUUAACCUAUUCAUGGCACAGAUGCCGCCGGGAUACAGCAGCAUCUUCAGGACAGUCUUGCGAGCACAGGGUAGCCUACUCUUCAUUUUUGCCUCAUAAUCUGAAAUUACAUUAGGCUACCGGUAGCCUUUAUCAAUUACCCUUUUCAGACAUAAUUGAAUGUGGCCCCUUGAAAGCAUGCGGCUACGGCAUGUUUGUCUGUUAGGGUAGGCAACAAUACGGCUUUUUAAAUGCUGACACGAAACCUUCUCUGGAGAUAUGAACGGACAUUGUACUUGUCUGUAAAGGAAUGAGGCUUCUGAAGUGGAACUAAUGUCCAUCACUAGGUGACCAGAACUCUCAAUCAAAUAAUCUUGAGUUGCUGUGUGCAGCCUGCCUGCUGCCUUGCCAGACAAUCUCGCCUUAAAAAGUACUUUUUAAAGUUGAUCAAAUACUGUGAUGUACCAAGACAUUUAGUAGAAAUAAAACCUCUAGCUACCAUGCCAUAAAAAUUUUUAAAAAACAGCAGCACAUCAAUCAGUGACGUUUAUUGUUGGGGAGAAAAUACAGAAUUUUAUUCGGAGCAUUUAUAUAUAAAAAAAAAAGUCUGCGACGUUAACAAUUGUCGCUAUCAACAUGUUAUUGUAGCUGCGUUCUAUGUCUGUAAAGGCUUGCGGUAGAUAUAACUUCAUUGCCUGGCCCUAGCGGUCAUACAUGGGUAAUAGAACCAUUAUUCUGCAUUGUAAAUUGAUGUGGAAUUACAUUUUUUCUUAGCGUUUAAUGGAAAACGAAGAAGGAAAAAUGGCAGUUUAAACAUUAAGCUAUAUUGUCCAUUUGUCACGUCCCUAACCUGCGGCACUCCAGGAUCAGGGUCACCUACCCCUGAUAUAGGGUAACAAUUAAAGAUUUAAAAUGUUUUGACGUGGACCAAGAAGUGUUUCCUAGCGGUCCUGUUCCACACUCUGAAAUCUUUGUGUUGCUAGGCUUCUUGGGGGGCUAUUUUGAAGACCUUGGUGUUAAAAGCUUUCUCGCUGUGGUUACUUUUCCCGCCUCCAGCAAAAAAGGGAGGACUGCACUGUUGACGCAGCAGAUAAGGAGAUCUUGGCAGAGGCAGAGCGUCUGGAUGUGACGGCCAUGGGACCGCUGAUUCUAAGCGAACUACUGUUUGACGAAAACAUCCGUGACCAGAUCAAGAAAUACAAACGCCAUUUCCUUCGCGUGAGUCUUCAAACCCACAUUGUUAAGUUUGACCUCUGUCAUAACCUCAUAACUCAGUGGUAAUGCGUUCAAGAGGGGACAUUUGACCAAAACCUUCUCAGAUUGAUCAUGGUUUUGUUACUUCUCCUUUUGUCUUCAGUUCUGUGUGAAUAACAAGAAGGCCCAGAAGUACCUCCUGGGAGGCUUUGAGUGCUUGGUGAAGCUGCACCAAGCCCAGCUGCUGCCCCGUGUGCCUGUCGUGCUCAAAGACCUGUAUGAUGCUGAUCUAGUGGAGGAGGAUGUCAUACUGUCCUGGGCAGAGAAGGUAUGUGGUUAAACUUAUACAUUGCUUGCACACAAACUUCACACUUAAAUAAAGCUGAAUGUCACACAGAUUACCGUAAUACGUAGGUUCUUGUAAAAAAAGUUUGUCGUUUAAAUUUCUGUUUGCGCCGUUUUCUGUGAGACUCGUUGCUCAUGACUGUCUCUUUCAGGUGUCCAAGAAGUAUGUCUCUAAGGAACUUGCCAAAGAGAUCCAUGCGAAGGCGUCUCCUUUCAUCAGGUGGUUGAAGGAGGCGGAGGAAGAGAGUGAGGGCAGUGAGGUAGAGGAGGAGGAGGAUGAUGAAAAUGUGGAGGUACUGGUCAGACUGUCCCCUGAUUUCAUAGCUUGCCCAGUUUAUACUGUUUGAGUUGGGCUACUAGGAUAUGCUUAGUCAAAAUUGCAGCUAAGACCUACUGGAAUGUAACAACUUAUUUCCCCUCACUCUCCUCAGGUUGUAUAUGAUUCUUCUGCUCGGGAACUGAAAGUGGAGACCGUAAAACUGAACAAGCCUGACGAGGAAGAGGACGACUUUGAUAUUGAUGCAAUUUAA